AUGUCUACUAGCUUUGGCUUAUCUGAUUUGCCAAGACCAGGAGCAGAUCGCAUCCCCAAAGAACUUACCAGAGACCCUCUUGUAGUAAAUAUUAUUACAAAAGCUCUUCUAAACAUAGAAGACAGAUACCUUCCAGAAUCAACUGAUUGGCCGAAUGGUACGCAUUCUGACGUUGUUUUGGUGCCAAAGUCGACAGAUUCCAGCCUCGCGCCUAUCAUUAUAGAGUUUCAACAGGUUGUCGACAAGAAAUUCAUGAAACGAGCAGUUGGGUAUUGUCUUCAGGCAUACAAGAGGUUUGAGAUCGAGCCAAUUCUCUUGGUUAUCUGUAUCAAGUCACUUUCUAUCACUACAAGAAAUGGCUUGGAAAUCUGUGACAAUUUGCCUUGCUAUGCCGCGUCAUGCGAUUAUUGGGCAGAUCGGUUCUAUAUUAUUGACAAAAGUAGCAUCAAACAACAUAUUUCCAGUAAGUCAGGCUUGGGUUCAAAUUUGAAUCCAUUCACUGCCUAUUGUCUAUUUCUGACAGCUCAAUCCACGUCGAUCGAACUAUCAUCAAGAAAAGAAAAUACAACAAUGGAAAUGCUCUACCGGCUUUCUCAAGAUGCAUAUGCAAGAAUUAUCGACAAAGAUACAGUCGAGUUAGACGAGUUAAGGAACUUGAAUGAUAUAUACUGCAAGCAAUACAAGAAGGUCCUGGCUAUGUUGCAAGAUGACAGUCUACCCAGAAGCGCGAUCAAAGACUACGCUUCAAAGUCCCUAUACAGCAUCCAGAAAAAAAGAAAAUUUGAUCAGCUUGCCACGGAUCCCCUUCCCGAGGACCAAAAUAUGGAGAAAGAUGUCGAACUAGAAGAGGCACUCGACGAGCAGAUGGACUUUGUAAAAAACUUCAAAAAAGCAAGGGCUGAAAAAGGCAUAAAGAUGGAUUGGAGGCUUUGCUUAAAGGAAGGAAAGAAGCGCUUUGGUUGGAAGUAUAGAAGUGGAGAAAGCCUUAGAGUUCAUAUCUUUAAAAAUAAAGAUAGACCAUCUCCUUUAUCAUAA